AUGGCGAUUCAGGUGAAAUGGGAGACGAUGAGGGCAUGCCUGAGCUGCACACUCUGCGGCAAUAUCCUCCGUGACGCAACCACUAUCUCCGAGUGCCUUCACACUUUUUGUAGGAAAUGCAUCUACGACAAAAUCACAGAGGAUGAGAUUGAGUCUUGUCCUGUAUGCAACAUCGAGCUUCGUGGUGGUGCCCCAUUGGAGAAGCUGAGGUCUGACUACAGAUUGCAAGACUUGAGAGCCAAAAUCUUUCCUCUAAAACGAAGAAAAGUGAACGCUCCUGAGAUUGUGUCUUUACCGGGAAGGAGGAAGGAGAGAUCUCUAUCGGCUUUGGGUGUAAGCACACCUAAAGUGUCAGAAAAAUCUGGAACAACGAGAAGAAGAACUAAAAGCGUCACAAGAAAGGAUGAUUGUUUGGCUGAGAGAAGUAUGAAGAAAGCGGAAUCUUCAUUUCACGAGGAGCUUACUGGUGGUGAUACAGAGGAUAUUGGGGAAAGCUCCAUCAAGUUGGCUCAGGAGAACAAGGAGUUGAGGCACAACAUCUCUGUUGUUUCUGACGCGCUGUUGGCGUCAAAUGAGAGCCUGAAACGCCUGAGUGCGGAAAAGAAGUCUGCUGAUGUUCGCCUUCGAGAGAUGGAGGAGUUGAAAUCUUUGUUGGCUGCUAAAGACAAGGAGCUAGAAGCAGGGACAUUACUGAAUCGCGCCAAGGAGGACGAGGUUCUCGGCCUUGGUGCCAGAGUAGAGAGCCUGCAGCGGGAGCGAGACGAAGCAGUGGAGAAGGCUAACAGGCUGGACAAGGAGCUAGAGGAAUACAAGUCAAAGGACCGGUUCAAGGAUGUGUCUUCAGCUUCAGAGGAACUAAAACACAUGUGCUAUGAGUUUGCAGAGCUCGAGAAGGAUAUGGAGCUCGCCGUCAUUGCCGCGUGUAUCACAACUCGGUACCAAGUGUGUCGCGAGUGGGAGAGCCAAGGUACUCUUAGGUGGGAGCUGGAGUUUUCGGCGGAAGACUACCACAAGUUCCGUGAGUUCGUUGACAAGAACGGGACGAGUUACAAAUACCCUCUUUUGGAAGUGUAUGAGGACAAGUGGAAAAAGUUUGUUGCUCGUCGUCGGCCAAUGGAAUCUCAUUCGACCCUUGACCGUGAGAACAUGUCUUCUCCGACGAGUAACUCCAACUUUCACCUGGAUGCGCCUGGCUCUGGGACUAGUGAUCAUGUCGGGAGUUCUGCGCCGGCUGACUGCUGA